AUGGAGUUUGGCAAAGCAGCAACAUUCUUCAGCAAAUGUUCAUCGAUUCCUCUACUACACGCAAGGUCCUUCCAGCUGCGCACGCAGGGAGCCGCUCGCGCUCCUUUCACCAUCGAGUAUGAGCAUCCUCAUUAUCCGACAAGAUUUAAGAGCGCGUUCUAAAAACUCGUUGGGAUGUUCUUAUUGCAUUUGGAUUCAUAUUAAUUUAAACGUAAUAAUGAAACAUUUUUAACCACAUCAAACCAACUAGCAGAUACACUUCUUCUACAGUCUUCAAGGUACUCUGAGGAAUUAUUUUAAGUCUUUAAAGAUGUCACUGAUGUUUGGGAAGGCAAGGAGCUGUAACUUCUCUGCUAUCCCUGAGGGGGGACAACCUGAGGUCAAUGUGGUCGUCCUCGGAGUGAUGGGCUCGGGAAAAUCAGCGUUGACUGUCAAGUUUCUCACCAAGCGCUUCAUCAGUGAAUAUGACCCCAAUCUAGAGGAUACUUACUCUUCUGAGGAGAUGGUGGACCAACAGCCUGUCGUUGUGAAAGUCAUGGACACAGCUGACCAGGAUGGCCCAGUGAACUGUGAGCGCUACCUCUCGUGGGCCAGUGCCUUCCUUGUAGUCUACAGCAUAGACAACAGACGGAGCUUCGAGGGCUGCCAACAGUACCUGGAGGCCGUCACCGUCCACACCAAGGCCCUGCAGCCCGAGACCCCCAUUAUACUGCUGGGCAACAAGCUGGACAUGGAGAGAUACAGGCAUGUGAGUAAGAUGGACGGCUCGGCCCUCGCCUCUCGUUUCGGCUGCCUGUUCUUCGAGGUGUCUGCUUGCCUGGACUUUCUGUCUGUCCAGCGGGUCUUCCAUGAAGCCGUGAGGGAGGCCAGGCGAGCGGGUGACAAGAGGAGCCCCCCGUUACGCCCCCUCUACAUCAGCGAGGACAACAAGCCAUUGGUCAGCCUCGCCACCGUGCCCCCAUUCACCACCCCCUGCUACAAGGAGCUCCCCGUGCCUGCCACUGCCAAGUUGGUGACAGUCAAGUCGUCACGGGCCCAGAGCAAACGGCGGGCACCCACGCUGACGCUGCUCAAGGGCUUCAAAAUCUUCUGAUGACUCGAUGGAGAAUGAGACCAGAUUUGGAAUCGUGCUUAAAGACUGGAGAUUUGAGGCUUCACUCAAACUUGUGCUGAAAGACUUAACUUGGACUUGUGCUCAGAGACUUGAGACUUAACUUGGACUUGUGCUCAGAGACUUGAGACUUAACUUGGACUUGUGCUCAGAGACUUGAGACUUAACUUGGACUUGUGCUCAGAGACUUGAGACUUAACUUGGACUUGUGCUCAGAGACUUGAGACUUAACUUGGACUUGUGCUUAGAGACUUGAGACUUAACUUGGACUUGUGCUCAGAGACCUGAGACUUAACUUGGACUUGUGCUCAGAGACCAGAGACUUAACUUGGCCUUGUGCUCAGACUUGAGACUUAACUUGAACUUGUGCUCAGAGACUUGAGACUUGACUCUGAGUGACUCAGGCUCGAAGACUUGAGACUCAACCUUGACUUGCCUAAAGUGACUUAUUGAUAAAUCUGCCAUAGUGGCUUACAAUAUGGACAAGUGAGAGAACUGUGAAAUAUGUUAUGAAAGAGACAAUGGACUGUGUCAAAUGCGAAAAACAGAACAAAAUGGAGACAGAAUAACAUACAACCAAGCCAUCAACAUAUGCAGCAGAAGCUGUCAUGGUUGAUAUCACCAUCACUAAGUUGGAGCGUGUACCAAAACACCGUCAUGACUUACUGCAUCUUCAAGUCAAGAGAAGGAACAGCAAUUAUCAUAGCUCCUUGAGAGAUGGACAGUAAUGGACUGGUGUUUAAACUGUCAUUGUGAGUGUUGAAUUUAUAUUGCCAAAGUCAGUUACUGGGACAGAGUUAUGUUAGUUGCCAAAUGUAUUGUGGGGAUUGGAGUGCUUAUGAUGGUGAUGGUAUGUUCACUGUAGUGUAGAUUACUAACACUAUGCAAAUCUAUUUUGAUAUACAUUUUAAUAAGCUUUAAAGGAAAACUAAUUUGAUCAAAUGAAGACAUAUUUUGUUUAUGUAGAUACAUUGAACUUAUUUGACGUUGUAAACACAUAACAGUAAGUAGCAAGUAAAUCUUUGAGGUAAAGGCCCAGUGCAGUCAAAAUUCAGUUUUUUUCUGUGUUUUAUAUUGUAUUGUAUAACAGUUGAUGAAACACUGUAAAAGUGUAAAAAAUGUGAUCAGUGUUAUUUCCUGAUCGUUGCUGGUUUAAAAAACAAUCUACAUAGGACCUUCUAAUCAGCAAGUUUGCAUGGGCGGGAGUUUCGGCUUUCCAUGGUGACAUCACCAUGCUAUAA